AUGCACUGGUCUGCUUUGGAGUUUGAUGUUCCGUGGGCUGAGAGUAAAUACGUAUCGAUAGUCUCGUUCGAUGUGGCAGGUGAGGUGUUUGAUGAAAUGCCUCUUCCAGAAGAGAUUGUUCGCAUGGACAAUGGCAGGUUAUCAGUGUACCUGGCAGUGUUGAAUGACUUGCUGGCUGUGUUUGCCAAUCUCAAUAAGGCACUUGGGCAUCCUGGACCAGAUUCUGUCUGCUCUAUUUGGGUUAUGAGGGAGUAUGGUGUCCACGAGUCUUGGACUAAGAUGUAUUCUUUCGAGGCUCGUGGGCUCGUGACAAAUUUUAAUGGUUUCACGAGAAAUGGUGAGCUUCUCAUGGAAAUAGGUGGUCUAGAACAAGUUUCUUGGAAUCCAAUCACGGGCCAAUACGCAAAUCUUCCACUGCCACCGCAAAGCGAUUUGGUCACUGUCAUAGAGAGCAUUGUUUCACCUUAA